AUGCAUCGUAGAUCGCGUACACCAAUACGACACAAUCCGUACCAAACACCACCAAGGCCUACCACCACUGCAGCUCAUUCAACCACACCAGGCGAUGUUGAUCCUGACUCCUCUCCAGCAGCAUUUCGCAUGGGAGGAUACGAACUUAUCAGCAGUCCUUUCUUUGAUGAUCACUUUCCUUCUGUCAGUUCAUCUACACAACAUGAUCAAUUCAGCAUCUUACCUGAUGUUCCACCUCCAGAAACAGCACAGGAACGAUUGAGAAACAUUAGGCAGGACGCUCUGAGUUACCAUUUACCAGGAACAGCUUGCUUUAUUGGAGAAAAAUUGAUGGUUACGACAGAUUCAUUGAAUGAUAUAUACCAGCUUGCUCUUUGCUAUUAUCAAGUACAGCAAUAUGAACGAGCAUUAGAUACUCUAAAUAAAAAACAGACGAUAAAUAAAAGUGUCAAAGCAAGAUAUCUGGCAGCCCUAUGCUCGCUGGCUCUAGGAAAUGCGAGAGACGUUUUGGACUACCUUGGAAAGAAAAAUCCGUUUUCAGGAAAAGGUACGGUAAAAGGAAGAAGAAAGGAUAUAUCAAAAGGCCAUGCAGAAGAGGACGAAUCGGAGGGUUGUAUAAAGUUGGAAUCCGUAAUGUGUUAUGUGCGAGGAAAGGCGUAUAUGCUAUUGAAAGACAUUGACAAUGCAAGGGAAUGUUUUAAAGAAGCAUUAUUAAUAGAUCUAAAAUGUUAUGAUGCACUAGAAGCACUUGUGAAAUACAACAUGAUGGGAGAGCAUGCAGAGUGGGAAUUUGUGAUGACGCUUCCUUUCGAUGACCACUGUGGACCUGAUGCAGAAUACUUUCGAUAUUUAUACGGCCUUAAACUAAAAAAGAACAUUCUAAGCGACAGAUACAUGGAUCCAGAGUCAGGGAACCUGUCCAACAGUUUAGAUGUCCAACUAAGUACCGCUGAACGUUAUUUCUCUGAAGGACGAUAUGAAGAUUGUUUAAGUGUGUGUAAAAAGAUCAGAACACAAGACCCCUAUUUCAAAGAAUCAACGCCUAUGCUCCUUGCAUGUUUAUUUGAGUUGGAUAUGAAGGUAGAACUGUAUGAAUAUGCACAUGAACUUGCCGAUAAGUCACAGCACGAAGACAUUGCCUAUCAUGCCAUAGGGCUAUACUAUCUGUACAUUAAAAAGAAUCAAGAAGCUAGGCGAUUCUUUACCAAAGCCAUCAAUCUCAAUCAAUUUGCAGAGCACUCUUGGUUAGGCUAUGCUCAAUCAUUUUCUGCUGAAAAAGACCAUGAACAGGCUAUUAGCGCAUAUAUGACAUGUAUCCGGCACAUACCAGGAUCUUAUAUACCCUUAAUGCAUAUCGCAAUGGAAUACAUGGAACAAAACAAUAUGGAAGCCGCCAUUGAAUACUUUACGAAAUGUCUUGCAAAAAACAACACCGACCCGUUUCUGUAUAAUGAAGUAGCUGUCUAUUAUUAUAAAAAAGGAUUAUAUAUUCAAGCACGAGAUUAUUCACAUACAGCGCUGAAGCUUGCUAAGAGUCAACAGUGCCGAAAACGCAUACUUUGGGAGAAGAUCUGGUGCAAUCUAGGUCAUGUGUAUCGUCAUGAACCUUUGCGCAAUUACGAUAGAUCAUUGACCUGCUUUGAAAACGCACUAAACCGAAAUCCAAAGAAUACAGACGCACGAGCGACUGUAGGUAUGAUCUAUCAGCUCAAGGGGUGCACUGCCAAAGCAAUCCAGGAGUAUCAUCAGGCGCUUCGUGACGCCACAGACAAUACGGAGCUCAUACAGGAAUUGCUAGAUAUAUCGCUUCGAACGAAUGCAGCCACACCCUUUAAAGAUGUUGAUCCCUUCCUAGGUGGUGGUUUUGAUGUGUUCCAAAUGGCAGAAAGUUUGAAGAACAGUCGAGACGAGGUAGAUAUCGAACUGGAUGAAACGUAUUGGGGAAACGAAAGAAAAGAAGAGGAGACUCAUGAAAAUGUCGAAAUUGAACUGGAUGAGACGGACUUGGGGAACGAACGAAAAGAAUAUAUGCGUCAUGAUGAAUUGAUGGGUGAUACAAUUAUUGGUGAUGAAGGAGAUAGGCCCAGUAUGGGACGUGAUUGGCUUUAA